AUUCAAAAGGCAACUGGAGGACACGACAAAAAUAGAGUUUUAGAGAAGGAUUAAUAUACCAGUAUGUCGACUAUCAUUUAUGGAGUAAUACUAUUUUUGUUGAAGCAUAGUGUCCAUGUGAACGGUUGUCCUCAGCCGUGUAAAUGCAGCAGAACUAUUGUUACAUGCCACAAUCACAGAGAGCUGCAAUAUAUACCGAAACUACCAAAAGACACUAAAGUGCUAAUAUUUUCUGUAAAUUAUCUUCCCGUCAUAAAUCACAACACAAUGUCAAAUUUAACAAUGUCAAAGUUAACUGUGCUUGUCCUACGUUACAACCGUGUUCAAACGAUCUCAAAAGAUGCUCUUUCCAAACUGCCUUUUUUGGAAAAAAUAGAUCUGAGCGGAAACAAACACUUGACAAUAUACCAAGUAGCUAACACACUAAGGGGAAUACGGUCCGCAUAUCUUCAUACUGUUAUACUUAAUUCUUUUUAUUGGCGCAAAGAUCUGUCAACUAUAUAUCGGGCCUUAUCGGUACCUAAGUUCAAAAUAAAAACCUUUAUAUCUGAAGGUAAUUCGUUACAGAUAUUGAAUUUUACUUCACUGAAUCGCCAUCUUCCAGAAUUAGAACAUUUAAGCGUGAAGUUCAACAGUAUACAGACAUUUAUCGCUGAUCAUGCUCCUAAGCUUAAAACACUUUUGUUAGAUUACAACUACAUCGAACUUAAAGCGAAUAUGUUCGGGGCACCAAAUAAUUGUUUUUUUCCGAAUCUUGAAAUUUUACAAAUCAAAUCUAAUUUCAUUAUAUAUUUUGAAAACCGUUUCUCAUGCCUUGACAAUCUUCAUACGCUUAAAAUAGGAAGGAAUCCGGUGAAGCGUAUCCUGAACAAUACUUUUUAUAACUUGCCUUCAUUGAGGACAUUGAGUAUAGGUAAUACUGGCGGACGUUUAUAUAAAAUUGAGAGCUUGGCAUUCAGAAGUAAUACUAUACAAAGUUUAAACUUUUCAGCGAACUAUUUUCCAUUUAUUUCCGUGAGUGCGGAUCGUUUCCACUUCAAUCCAGAUGAAAUUUUUAACCAUUUACCACAAUUAGAAGUUUUGGAUUUAAGUGAGAACAAGUUUAAUGUGACUAAUGAUAUAUUGUUCAGAAUGCUUAUUCCUUUGAAAAAUCUGCUAAAUUUGACUAUAAGACAUUGUGCAUUGACAACAAUACCGGAGAAUUUGAUUUUCAGACUUCCGAAAUUAAGAUACCUUGACUUGUCACAAAAUCAUAUUAAGACGUGGAAAGGUAACACGUCGUUCCAGAAUGUAUCAUCCAUCGAAGUACUAAGACUUGAUAUGAACUACAUCACAGUAUUCAAAGAAUCGUUGUUUCCAACGGACUUAAGAAGAAAUCUGAAAAGUAUAUAUCUAGCUAAUAAUCCUUUUUCAUGCACUUGUAAACUAUUUUGGCUACGGAAGUGGAUAGAAGAAAAGUCAGAAAAAUUUAAGCAAUACCCUGAGGAUUAUUUAUGCAGCACACCUAUCGAGUUACAUGGUUCAUUGUUAAAAAGCUACUUUCCUUCAGACAGAGAAUGUGAAAGUAUAAACGAACUUCUUGUAGCAUUUACAGUGUUAUCAACAAUAGGUAUUUUUGUAGUCUUGCUUGCAAGUUUGGUGUAUAAAGGUCGAUGGCACAUACGUCAUGCAAUAUACCUCUGUCAUGUGCGACGAAAAGGUUACGAAGGCAUGGAUGAUGUGUCAAAUAUCUUAUAUUCGGGAUUUGUUGUUUAUUGCGAAGACGACCAAGAUUGGGUGAAGGACAAACUUGUCAAAAUGGUCGAAAUAAAUGACCGUAAACUGUGUAUUCAUCACCGCGAUUUUGACGGAGGAAAAUUAAUUAUUGACAAUAUUGCAAACGGAAUUGCCCGAAGUAAAAAAGUUAUACUUAUUCUGUCACGAGCUAUGAUAAAGAGUGAUUGGUGUCUGUUUGAAAUGCGACUUGCUCAUAAAAAGUUUUUAAAGCGUGCAGACUCGCUUUUGAUUAUAAUGUUAGAGACCGUAUCACCUGAAGAUAUGCCAAAGUCUUUACAUACACUUUUAACAAUAUCAACAUAUAUACGAUGGUCAGGUGGUUUGACAGAAGAGGAGGAUUUUUGGAAGAAAGUUCGGAGAGCAAUCAAAUAAGUUGGCAUUGUUUAUUCUUCCUACCUGCGCAUCAAGAAACAUUUAGAUUCAAACCGUUUCAAAUUUAAAAAAAAAAGAUGUGUUCUUGUUUGUUUAUCAAUUUUAUAGUUUAAAGAAUUACUUUCUUCUUUUUGCUAAAGAUAUUUUUAAUAAAGACUACUAUCCAUCCGACCAUCAAAAAGAUUCGUCUUAAUUGCCACUAGAAUAUGAAAUCUAAUUGUAUGUUUCCAAAAUUUUCAAAACAAGUUACAUAUUUUAGCAAUGUGUAUGAUAUAUAAUGGCAUCUUACAAAUUACCUUUACGUUGUUAUACUCUCCUUCAUUAAGAUGUU